GGUAAGAUGACACAAUUAGCAUGAAUCCAAAAUGGCGUCGUUGACCAAACAACAAUAAAACAGUGAGAGUUACCCGGAUUACUUAGCUAAUUGUAGCAGCAUGCUGAUAACUUUACCUGAUAUCACCUGAUGGACAUGGUGUGGGAUAAAAUCCUACUGUGUGUUUGUGCCCUCCUUCUUAUGGAGGGCACAAGGGCCAAUACAUAUAACAUGGAGAAAUGUGAUUUCGCUGGCUUCUUGGAUGUUCCGCAGGGAGCCCCAGUCGUCGUGGAUGGAGGCAUUCUCAUAAACACAGUGGUUCCCAACCCCUGUAGCAUUGUGUUCCGUGCCACGAACCCCGAACAUAUCCUUACCAUAGACAUGACAAUAUUGAACCUCAUUGACUGUUCCAUCACUCUAAACUUCAUCUACGGCACAGAAAUAAAUACAUUUCGGUGUGGAACUAAGAACCCCGGAGAAAUAUACACCAAUUCUCGGCAGGUGACUGUGAACUUUAUCCGAGGAGCCAACCCCUCCUCCUACAAAUUCCAGUUCCUCCUCACCAGUACAAAACCCAUUCCAAUCAUCCCUGAUGACAACGCCAACCCGUCUGAGGUAGGCUUGAUUGUGGGGAUAGUAACCGGGGUCUUCUGCCUGCUUCUCUUCAUCGCUAUAUUGGCCGUAUGCUGCCACAGACGUGCCCAGAAGGCUAAAAUCCUGUACAAGGCGAACCAGACGAAGCAACCUUUGGAUCAGCAAGGGAGAGCACCCUCCACUGUAGGGUUUACAAAUAAUGCUGUACAAAACGGCUACGCUCAUGAGUCAUCCCCGAGAGCUAAAACAAAGUUAUUAUCAGAGACGGAUGGCUCCAGCAGCCCUCGUCAAAAGACUCUUAACUUCCACUCCAGUACAAAAUCUGAGGACAGUAGGAACGUUCAAGGAAAACAAAACGGUACUAGAAGUGAGUUCCAGGAUGAUGACGACACUUACGAUAAGACAGAAGAUAUGAAAAGACCUCCCAAAUCACCAUUCUUGUCGGCAUUAUCAUCAAACUCAAAGUUCAAAGCUUCAAAAACAUCGAAUAACAGAGAUGCAGACGAAAGGGAGAAGAGGAUUUCGUCAUCCUCUUCAUUAGGGUCCUCUGGAGUAUCCCGCGACUCCCCACCUCCCCUUCCUAUUGUGCCUGUGUCUAAAUCUCCGACUAAUAAAAGGCGGACUCAUGCCAGUAUCCGCAGGGCAUAUCGGACAGCUUCCUCCUCUGAGGAGGAGUUUAAUCAAAUGGCUAAUGCUAGCGCCCAAAGGGACGACAGUGGCCCCUCAUCCACAGAGACGGCUAACAAUAGGGAGAUUCAGAAAAUAAAUACUAAACAUUCUCUCAAACCUGACAAGAACAAGAAAAAAGGGAACAAGAAAGACAUGAAACUGGAGAAUUACGAACCCACAUCUGGAAACUUUCAGAAAAACACAGCAAGGGCUAGCAAAAGAGCCCAGAAAUCGCCACGCCUUGGAAACCGUAGUGAAGGGUUCGGUCACCGGAGGAAAAGGAGUGAUGGUCGUAGUGACGGAGAAGAGUCUAGACCUGGAACGCCAACCAGCAUGUACGAUUUAGAGUCACUACCUCCUCUUACACGAUCGUCCUCCCGCCAGUCUCUCUAUGCUUCACGUUCUUCCCUCUACCGACGGCGGGGCAGGAAAGGAUCAUAUGCGGAGUCAGUUGCAUCAACUAACUAUAUCCGUGAUGACAUGGAAGUUGGGCGGCACUCUCGUUCUUACUCUCAGGACUAUGAUGAUGAUGAUGAGACUGAUGGAGGUUAUGAACGACCAAUCAGUCGUCAUGAAAGAGAGAGAGUGUUCCGCUCGAUGGGUGAACUUGGAAGGGAGACAAAAGAACGAUCAACGCAGACACUGCGGGAGACUGCCACACAGACCGGAAUGGACCAGUCGGUUAUUAUGCAGCCGAAACGUGUGGUCAAGAAAAAGAAAAGAUCCAAGUCAAUGUCGGCUGUGGGGACACAAACGACCAAGGGUUCGAAGAAGGCAGAGAAACCUGAGACAGAAACUGAAGACAACUUAGGAGAAACCUAACCUAAACCCAAGCCCAAACCUCGAAAGUCUAUGAACUCUCUCAGUGCCGUCUCUGCAGUAGAAGAUUCUGAUGAUGGUAAGAAGAAGAAAAAGAAGAAAAAACGAGCGAAAUCUCGUGAGGAUUUGUCCCAUGCUGAUAGACCUGCUCUACCACCAGAAGAACAACAGCCAGAUACACAGGUUCCAGGUCAGCCCUACCUCCAGUAUAAUAUGCCCCCAGGAGCAAUGCCUGUACAAAUGGUCCCUGGUGGGUACCCUGGGGCCGGUGUCCCAGUACAGGGCUAUCCUUCUGGGUACCCGGGUGUCACAGCACCAUAUAGUGUCAAUCCACAGACUGGCUACAUAAUGGCACCACAGCCAGGACAUGUCCCACAGCCAGGACAACACGUCCCACAGCCAGGACAACACGUCCCACAGCCUGGACAACACGUCCCACAGCCAGGACAACACGUCCCACAGCCAGGACAACACGUCCCACAGCCUGGACAACAUGUCCCACAGCCAGGACAACAUUUUUCACAGUCUGGACAACAAGUCCCACAUCCAGGUCAUCACGUCCCACAACCAGGACAGCAUGUGCCACCACAGUCAGCACACAUUCCUGGUAAACCUCGCAAGUCCAACUGGGACAUGCUAUGUGCAAUGACGGAUGGCGACAACCAGCAGAAACCGGCAGCCAUGACUGAGACCGGAUCUUUAGCUAGUUCAGUAUUCACAUACAACCCUCCCUCACAUAUAGGUCAUCCCGGCAUUCCUGUCGUUCAAGGUCACCCACAGCAGCCUGGCGUUGUUAACCAGGCAUACUCGAAUGUGGCCUUCCCUCCUGGAAUGGCUGCUGUGCCGCAGGCAGAGACAAUGCCACGUGUGCCACCAUCAUACAUGGAUGCAAUAAACAUGGACACCAUGUCUGGCCCACCAUCAUCCGGACCACAUUCCAAUCAGUCUGGGUCGUUAUCCCAGUCCGGCAGUGAUACCGGAUUUCCUGUUCUCCAUAAUGACACAACCAACCUCCUGCCCAAGAAGUCGUCCUGGGAGGUUUUGAAGGAAAUCACAGACGGUCAAAAAAAUGAAAGUGUCGUGUGAUGUUUUACUGUUAAUGUAUAUUUGUUUAUCAGUGUGUUCUAGCCUAGAGAGUAAGUUAUUUGUAUGAAGGUUUUACUAUGUAGCCUUGCUCAAGCUCUACUGUAUGCACAGUAUUUGGUAGUGGGAGACGUGAUACUUGUAUAAGUGCUUGGCUUAUCAAGACUUCAAUGCCUCAUUACUGUCAACUAUCAAUUUAAUCAUCAAUUUUUUUUCUGCGGGCUACCUUAUUUAUGUUAUUAGACUGGCCUUUCGUCCAUGGUAUGUCCGUUUGUUAGUCAAGCCCAUAACACUCCUUGUUAUUGCUAUUUCUCGAAAGUGUUGACAAGAUCUUGGUUAUGUUCAGUAUGAGGUCAAGUUCAGCAGGCUGCAUUUUGAGCCCGAUUGGAUAUUCAAGAUGGCUGCCAAAUCGCCAUUUUGGAUUUUUGAUACCAUUAUUUCUGUUAACAAAUCUUGAAGCUUUAUGUUCAUAUUAAGUAUAAAAACAACUGAAAAUACAGACGAGAUAUUUAACUAUAAUUCUAACUCAAAAUUGAUAAAAAGAAGUCAAAGUACACUCAAAAUAAAGUUUAAAUUUACAUGAAGUAAAAGAAAUAGACCAGGGGUUUCAAAUGUUGUGCAUGACAAAUUUUGAACUGUUAUUCGUUUUUCAAGAUGGUUGACAACCACCAUUUUAGAUUUUGACGUUUGAAGUAAUUUACUGCUGUUGUUCAGUAAAUAGCAAUGGGAUGUUUAUGAACUAAUAUUCAGUAUAAGUCCCAGUUGUGUUGGACUCUUUGUGGAUUUGCAGCUAUUUUGGUUUUGUCAUAAUGAAGCAAGAACUUCAAUAUAACUUGAGAGUGUGGCUUCUAUAGUUAGUUCACCGCCAUAUUGUGGACGUAUCUAUUGCUGGAGACAAAAUCAGAGGAUCUGUGUGUUUUAAUAAAAGGUUGAUUUUGCUAGAAACAUGUUGGAAAGGUACAGAACGUACAAAAGGUACACAAUGUACGAAAGGUACACAAUGUACAAUACAGAUGUGUAACUGAUUAUUAUACCAGUGUCUGAGAUGUCAUGUUACUUAUUUCACUCGUGCCAUAGCUAUAUGUUAAUUUCUCGGCCCACCCUCAUCAUGUUGGGCUAUUCAAAUCGUCCUGUGUCCGUGGUCCAUACGAUCGUCUGUAAACAAUUAUUGUUAACGUUAUUUCUCGAAAAGUGCUGGAAGAAUAUUCCUCAAAUUUUACAUGAAGGUUCCCCUUGUUCAAUAGUUGUGCCUGUUCAAUUUUGAUUUUGAUCAUGAAAUCAAUAUGGCUGGCACACAGCCUUCUUGGAUUUUGACAAUUGAAGUUUGUUAUUGCUAUUUAUUGAAAGGUACUUGAGGGCUAUUUCUCAAACUUUACAUAUAAGUUUCCCUGGUUCCCUUGUUGUGCUUAUUCAGUUUUGAGUCUGAUCGGGAAAACAAAAUGGCAGGUAGGCGCCAUCUUGGAUUUUGACAGUUUAAGUUAUUCUUAGAUCUUUCUUAGAUUUCCUAUGAGGGUCUUCCAUGUUAUCAAAUUUUUGAGAGGAAAAAAGGGAAAUGUAGAGAAAAGUUUAGUCUUAAACUAAAAAAGAUUAUACAAUGGUGGGUGCUAAGAUCCCUAUGGGAUCUCUUGUUUUGUAAAUGCAAAUUUUUUAUGGGAAUAAAUUAAUUUAAAUCUUGGUGGUGCCAAAAACAUCACUUUAAUCAAAACAAGCUUUAAGAUAUUAUUAAGAUUCUGUAUUUUUCAUAACAAUACGUGUGUAUUGCAAGGUUCUGAAAUUUUUCUUAGUUUAUUUAUUUUGUGUAAAAUUAAUAUAACAGCAGCAUGUCAGCAUGGGUUUGAAUUGGUAUGAAUUGAAGUUGAUGUUUUGAUAAAACACUAACAUGUAGUAUUACAUUUGGUGUAUUAAUAACAUCGUCAUUCCCAGAUACAAUUGCUACUCUGAAGUUGUCGUGUUAUAAGAGGUUCAUCAACAGUUACAAUCAUUUCAUACAAACUUAAUAAAACCUAUAGUAAUUAGAAUUAUUCACAAUUAAAUUAUUUAGGAUCUUGUUAUAAUGAUUCAAAGAAAAAGAUUUGCAUGAAAUUGUAUUAGAUCAAAUUGUCUCUGGUCCAUUGUCUGUUUGUAAACAGUUGUGGUUUUAGCCAUUUCAUGAGAAACAUAUUCUCGCUUUUCCUAUGUACAGUUGUUUGCCAAAAGUAAGUUCCCAAAAUCUAAUUCUACCAUAUACUAUAUGGUAGCUAUAUAUAUAGUAGUCUUAUUGAAUAAAGUUUUUAAUGAAU